ACUGCGGUAAUAUGGCUCUUCCUUAGGCAGCGGCGGCGGCGGCGCGAGGUGGGGUAGAGCAGUCCUGCCCCUCCGGUGGCGGGUGUUCGGGCUGCAGCGGCUCUGCGGGUCGUGGCUGAGCGGUGGUAGCGGAUGCCGGAGGGGUGCCGGCCCCGCCGCUCGGCGGACCCUGGGUCAAGAUGAGCGCCUCAGCGUCGAUCGGGGGCACGGUCCCCCCGCCGCCCCCGGGCCCGGCCGCCGCCGCGCUGCCUCCCGGUUCUGCUGCGCGGGCCCUGCACGUGGAGCUGCCGUCUCAGCAGGAACGGGCCCGGGGAAGCCCUGCGGCCCCGCCAGAGACGGGGACAGCGCUUUUCCUCUCCCUACCUACCCGCGGAGAAUCCCGUUGCUACUCUUUCCUUCCGGAGAAGCGAGGAGUCGUUCAGCGUCGUCUUAGACACCUUCGGAACAUUGCUGCCCGGAACAUUGUUAAUAGAAAUGGCCAUCAACUCCUUGAUACCUACUUCACACUUCACUUGUGUAAUUCUGAAAAGAUAUAUAAAGAAUUUUAUAGAAGUGAAGUGAUUAAGAAUUCCUUGAAUCCAACCUGGCGGAGUCUCGAUUUUGGAUUAAUGCCCGACCGCCUUGAUACCUCUGUGUCCUGUUUCGUGGUGAAGAUAUGGGGAGGGAAGGAGGCCGCCUACCAGCUGCUGAUCGAGUGGAAAGUCUGCCUGGACGGGCUGAAGUACUUGGGGCAGCAGAUUCAUGCCCGCAACCAAAAUGAAAUAAUAUUUGGGCUGAAUGAUGGCUACUAUGGUGCUCCAUAUGAACAUAAGGGUUAUUCAAAUGCUCAGAAGAAUAUUCUUCUUCAGGUGGAUCAGAACUGUGUUCGCAAUUCUUAUGAUGUCUUCUCUUUGCUGCGGCUUCAUAGAGCCCAGUGUGCAAUUAAACAGACUCAGGUAACUGUUCAGAAAAUUGGAAAAGAAAUUGAAGAAAAACUAAGACUCACAUCUACAAGCAAUGACCUGAAAAAAGAAAGUGAGUGUCUGCAAUUAAAUAUUUUGGUGCUUCGAAAUGAACUGGAAAGACAAAAGAAAGCUCUGGGACGGGAGAUGGCAUUACUGCAUAAGCAACAAAUUGCAUUACAGGACAAAGGCAGUACGUUUUCAACUGAGCACCUCAAGCUUCAACUCCAGAAGGAAUCCCUAAAUGAGUUGAGGAAAGAGUGUACUGCGAAAAGAGAACUUUUUCUGAAGACUAAUGCUCAGUUGACAAUUCGUUGCAGGCAGUUACUAUCUGAGCUUUCCUACAUUUACCCAAUUGAUUUGAAUGAGCAUAAGGAUUAUUUUGUAUGUGGUGUCAAAUUGCCCAAUUCUGAGGACUUCCAAGCAAAAGAUGAUGGAAGCAUUGCUGUUGCCCUUGGUUACACUGCACAUUUGGUCUCCAUGAUUUCCUUUUUCCUGCAAGUGCCCCUCAGAUAUCCUAUAAUUCAUAAGGGAUCUAGAUCAACAAUCAAAGAUAAUAUCAAUGACAAGCUGACAGAAAAGGAGAGAGAGUUUCCAUUAUACCCCAAAGGAGGGGAGAAAUUGCAAUUUGAUUACGGUGUCUAUCUUCUGAACAAAAAUAUAGCACAGCUAAGAUAUCAACAUGGACUUGGGACUCCAGACUUGAGGCAAACCCUUCCCAACCUGAAAAACUUCAUGGAACAUGGACUACUGGUCAGGUGCGACAGACAUCACACCUCCAGUGCAAUCCCUGUUCCAAAGAGACAAAGCUCCAUAUUUGGGGGUGCAGAUGGAGGCUUCUCUGGGGGCAUUCCUUCGCCAGACAAAGGACACCGAAAACGGGCCAGCUCAGAGAACGAGAGACUCCACUACAGGACCCCUCCUCCCAGCUACAACUCAGCAGUAGCCCAGCCUGGGCCCACCACCCCCUCCCUGGGAGAGUCUGAGAGAAAGACAACAACUCUGUCCUCCUCCUUGGAUACCUCCUUGGACUUCUCCAAAGAAAACCAGAAAAAGGGAGUCGAUUUGGGCAACAGCUUAAACGUGGGCCCCGUGAGUGUAAACACUGGCCAAGAACAAGGAGAAGCCCUCCCUGGGCAUCCAGCCACGGUGAAUGGCGCUCUCCUACCCAGCGAGCAGGCUGGCGCCGCCAGCGCCCAGCUCCCGGGUGAGUUCCACCCCGGCUCAGAAGCUGAGCUCUGCUGUGCCGUGGAGCAAGCGGAAGAGAUCAUUGGGAUGGAAGCCACAGGUUUCACCUCCAGUGACCAGCUAGAAGCAUUUAACUGCAUCCCGGUGGACAGUGCUGUGGCAGUGGAGUGUGACGAACAAGUUCUGGGAGAAUUUGAAGAGUUCUCCCGAAGGAUCUAUGCACUGAACGAAAACGUAUCCAGCUUCCGCCGGCCACGCAGGAGCUCUGAUAAGUGAAGCGAGCAGACAGACAGUAGGUCCAGGACAGGGCUACUGCCUAAAAUAAGGAUAAAGCUGCACUGGUUACCCUUUGUAAUAAUUAUGACACAAAAUAAAUAUUAAUGGAGGAUAUUCCUCGGGAAAAUAGACUUUGUGAAUGGAGGAGGGACUCAGGAUCAUUGUGUAUCAGUGGGCCAGACGAAGUUAGAUUUUGCUUGCAAGAUGGGCUUUACAGGCCUGACCGUUGUUUGAAGGCAAAAGUCACUCUCUAGCUUGAGUCACCUUAUAGGUAUUCGUCUGCUUUUUUAUUUGCUCUUCUAUGUUAUCCCCAGAGGGAAGAUGAUAAUAUAUAUAAAGAAUAUAUAAUGAACUCACCUUUAGUUUCUCAAGCAUUUGCCCUCACCAGUUUAUAAAACUUUGGGAAAAAUUGAAUAUUUAGAAAAAGAUUUCUACCAUUUACUGAAGGAUCUUUGGCCAUUCAUUAGGCUGAUGAAUAAGAAGCACAAUAGUCUCCUUAGACCCAGGCGCAUAUGCCCCUCCCCUUGCCCCCAUGCCUCACAGGCAACCGAGAGACUCCACUGUUGCCCCAUUUCACAGUGGAUGCAUUGUGCACUCUGAAAAAAGGACAUCAGAUUCACGGGUUCUUUAAUACAAUAGCUCUGACCUUCCACCUCCUCUGAUCAGCCAUGGCUUUGAGGUAGCCCUCAAAUUCGGUGGAUCCCAGGGACCCUUGAGGACCCCAAGGUUGUAUAAUCAAAUGGCAUCCAAUCCUCUUUGAGGGCCAGAGUGUUUAUGUGGGCAGAUGCUGCAAUCAAAACUAGGCCGCUUCCUGGCAGUGCACUCACCAGACAAAAUCCACUUGUGUACAGCCCAUAUUAAUUUAUUACAUUUCAGUUGGAAGACAUUGUAUGUGAUGAAGUAUAUGUAGAGAGUCAGGCCAUCCAAUGUGCAAAAUGCAAGGCAGUUGAGGUUGUUGGACUAAUACUAGAUGAGGCAUAGAAUACUAUUGAUAUGUGUGCAAUUGCAUAAAUAUUAAAUUAUGUUUUUGAAGUCCAGCUGUCAUUCCUGGAGCUCAAAUUUCGUUUGCUAUUGCUUUACAUUUUAUUUACCCAAGGACAUCACCUCAGGGUUGCAAGUUCUUUAAGGAAAAUUUAUCCGUGUAUCCAUGUAUUGUAUAGAAGAAUAAAAAUUGAGUGUACUUCACUCGACCUGAUUUUUUUUUCCAGCUUCGAAUUCCUCUUGAAACUACAUCUCCGUGUAUUUCGUCGAGAUAGGACCAGCCCGAACAAAACUAGGGCUGCAUCUAAGCUAAUGUGUUGACUUCAUUUGAAUUUACCUGUUGUUAUAGCAACACAAACACCUUCACUGGUGUACUCUCUAGUAGCUGCGUUUGUCCUACAUAACAUCUUAACUCAUAGAUUUCAUAAUCAUUUUCAUAUUUUUUCCAAGCAUUCCUGGGCUCGAUUUUAAUUUAUAGCCACAUUUGAAAUGGAAUAGCUCAUGUUGUUGUUUUCCAUGUAAAGGGAACUCACAGAAUCAUGGCAUGACAGACAGACCCAGCUCGCAAGCAAUUAAAAGCUUUUACUCGAUCUCAAGAAGUCCGUAUGAAUUCCACAUAAAAAGGUAGGCUAUUCCAAAGCUGGAGUAGAAGCCAUCUGUAGAGGCCCAGCUUCUUUGCACUGUACUGUCAUUCGUUUUAGAAUCAAAGAGGGUAGAGAUAGACACAGUGUAGAUAUUCGUCAGACUGGUCUGUGGGGUCCUCCAAUGAAGUAACAAUACCCCCCCCCAAAAAAUAGGUUUUGAAGGACUGUGUGAGAAUUCAACAAUGGACUGUGUGAGUGAAUCACAUGUGAUUGUGAUUUUCCAAGAUAUGGGAGUGGACUUUAAACUAUGCCAAACUCAGAGACAAGGUGUGUCCACUGCAGGCCCUGCAGCCUGGCUCCUGGCAGCACCACACAGAGGGCCCCACUCAGAGCCCCUGUCCCGGUGUCAUCUCGGGUUCCACGCGGCCAGAUGGAGCUCUGGGGCUCCAUCCACCCGACUGUCGUUUGUGACCACCUGAUUCCUGGGUUCACACGUUUCACCCCCCAACAGUGCCAUGAGUGUGAUUAGAUUGCUCAGAGCCGAUCAGUAGUUACCUAUACAUUUGCUUGAUCCACAGGGUCCAAUGAUGUUAUGCCUGAAAACACCACCUAGGUUUGGGUUUGUUUAGUUUGCAUUUUGUGUUUUCAUUUGAAUAUUUUUGAUGUCUGCAGUUUCUGCCAUGACCUGGGUAGAACCUGCAGAAUUCCAUGUCUCCAGAAAUAACUGUUCAACGUCUUCCAAUGCUGCAUAAUUUGUUUUGCCACUAAAGUGGCCAUAGCCAAAGGAUGGGAUGAGUUAUCAUCUACUCAUCUUUCUAGUCUUGUAAAUCACUAAAACAUCAAGUUUGCUUCAAGGAUGGAUAGACGUUGAAGUGGAAGCUCACCACUAUCCAGUUCUGCACGACUAAGAGCCCUUACAGCUUUCAUGUAACUGAGACACUUUUAACAGCCAGCAAAUGUUAUCAAAUGGAUAUUUGAUUGUGUUUUCUCUCUCCACUUCCUCUUACCCACUUUAGAAAUUCCAGAGAUUUUUCCCCCCCUCAGAAUAUUAGUUUUGGAAGAUUGUAUCCAGCUAUAUUUUUUUAGCAGUUCUAAUGGUGCCCAUUUAUCCUGACCUAGCCGGUUAUUUAAAUAAUUUUUUAAGCCACCACCAAUAAUAAAUGGCAUGUGAAACUGAUCUGUUGGUAAUUGGAAGAAAACUCAGCAUCUGUAUUUAUAAAAUAAAAUUGAUUAGUAUUUA